AUGUGUGGUAUCUUCGCCUGCUACAGGCACCCCGAUGUGCAAAAGUUCAAGCCGACUGCCCUGAAAAUGGGCAAGGCUGUCCGCCACCGAGGUCCAGAUUGGUCUGGUAACUGGGUUGCGAACGACACCAUUCUGGUACACGAGCGCUUGAGCAUUGUCGGCGUCGACUCUGGCGCUCAGCCGCUCGUCAACGAUGAGGGAACCGUCUCUCUGGCUGUCAACGGCGAGAUCUACAACCACCGAAUUCUCCGCAAGUCCCUCAAGAACCCAUACAACUUCAAGACACACUCAGAUUGCGAGGUUAUCAUUCCUCUGUAUCUUGAACAUGACAUCGACGCUCCCCGAAAACUCGACGGCAUGUUCUCAUGGGUCCUUCACGACAAGGCUCAAGAUCGUGUGAUCGCAGCACGCGACCCCAUUGGCAUCACUACCUUCUACAUGGGUCGAUCGAGCACUACACCAGGCGCCGUGUUUUUCGCUUCUGAGCUGAAGUGCUUACAUCCCGUCUGCGACAACAUCAUCUCGUUCCCUCCUGGUCAUGUCUACGACUCGAAGACAGACUCGCUCACACGAUACUACGACCCCAAGUGGCUCGUCGAGCCCGAGAACAUUCCUACAAAACCUGUAGACUACAAGGAGCUGAGGCAAUCAUUGGAGCGAUCGGUGCGGAAACGCAUGAUGGCGGAGGUUCCCUUUGGUGUUCUUCUCUCUGGUGGUCUUGACUCAAGUUUGGUGGCUUCGAUCGCUCAGCGGGAAACUCUGCGGUUGAACGAGGCGACAAGAAAGAAGGCUGCUGCGUCUACUGGCAACGCCAGCGAACAGCAGAACCAACUUGUCGGUAUCGAUGACUCCAACGAGCUCCAGACAGAUCUGCUCCUAGGACAGCUCAACUCCUUCUCCAUCGGCUUGCCCAACUCUCCCGAUGGUAUCGCUGCGCAGGAAGUGGCCAACUUCCUCGGAACCAAGCACCACACAUUCACCUUCACUAUCGAAGAUGGACUCAACGCACUUACAGAUGUCAUCUUCCACCUUGAGACUUUCGAUGUAACAACUAUCCGCGCCUCAACACCCAUGUUCCUUCUCAGCAGAAAGAUCAAGGCUAUGGGAGUCAAGAUGGUUCUUUCAGGAGAAGGCAGUGACGAAAUCUUUGGUGGAUACCUCUACUUCCACAACGCACCUGACAAAGCUGCUUUCCACCAAGAAUGUAUCCGCCGUGUCAAGAACCUUCAUCUCGCAGACUGUCUUCGCGCCAACAAGUCAACAUCUGCCUGGGGUGUUGAGGCGCGUGUGCCCUUCCUCGACAAGGACUUCCUUAACACAGCAAUGAACAUCGAUCCUCAGGACAAGAUUAUCGAUCGCGAAGCCGGCCGUAUUGAAAAAUACAUCCUACGCAAAGCUUUCGACACAACCGACGAGCCAGAGACGCAGCCCUACCUUCCCGAGAAGAUCCUCUGGAGACAAAAGGAGCAGUUCUCUGACGGUGUAGGCUACGGAUGGAUCGAUGCGCUCAAGGACAACGCCGAGCUACACGUCACCGACGAGAUGAUGAAGAACCCAAAGAAGGAGUGGGGUAACGACAUCCCCGAUACUAAGGAGGCAUACUGGUACAGAUGCAUGUUUGACGAGCACUUCCCCAGCUACUGUGCCGAUACUGUCAUGCGAUGGACACCUACCUGGAGCAACCAGACGGAUCCUUCUGGACGUGCCAUCGGUGUUCACGAGCAAAAGUACAGCCAUGCUAAGUAG